CGUUGGAACCGUACGCAUUGCGGUCGCCCGUCACGCCGCGCUCCCGUGCACCUGUGCCCGUGUUGUUGCUCCGGCAGUACGUAAACAUACCGAUUACCGGCUCGAGUGGCAAGUGCGCCUCGAAGCAAAGUGAGAUCGGGAACGAGCGUCAUUCGUGCGUAUUAAAAAAAACAUUUUUUUCGAGUGACAGUUGCAUUCUGCAGGGCGGCACAGUGACAUAUCGCGUCGUGGACCAGCAUGUAGUGGAUAGUACACGGAGCACACACGACACAAACAAAAUGGCCGACCUCAUCGUGCCAGACUGCAUCGAGGAUGAGGGGUUCGACUACGACAUCAAGAACUCGGACAUGGUGGCUGACGAUAUGACGGAGUCGGGCUACCAAGAGGGGUCGGAAACUAGCUUCGGGGAGCGGCGGGACUCCGGUGCCGGAGAAGUGGACGUAGAAGGCGACGGAGAAGGGGAAGGGGACUCGGACAGCGGAGUAGAUGGCAGCAGCGGUUGCGGCAGCGGAUGUGCCGAUGACUGCCCGGUGGUGUCCAUCAAUGAUGCGGUGGCUUACUACGACGACAUCAGACCGCGCCGCCGCCCCGCGCCACAGCUUAACUUUUACCACCUCGACAUCGAGAGGAUGGCCAUGGACGCUGUUGUUCAGAGCGAAUCGAGCUACACCUCAUCGGAGGAGGGUUGCGGCGGCGCGGGCGGCGGGGAGCGGCACGCCGUGCUCAGCUACGAGCAAGUUCGGCGCCUCAACGAUGUUAUGGACGAGGUAGUGCCCAUCCACGGGCGCGGCAACUUCCCCACGCUGCAUGUGCGCCUGCGCGAGCUCGUGGCCGGAGUGCGCGCACGCCUCGAGGCAGCUGUGGCGGCGGGCGGCGCGGGUGUGGCCGUGCGCGACGUGCGCCUUAACGGUGGCGCUGCCAGUCAUGUGCUCGCCGACCGCGCGCAGCCCUACUCCGACAUCGACCUCAUCUUCACCGCGGAGCUCCCCACGGCUCGCCAUUGCGAUCGCGUGAAAGCCGCCGUGCUUGGCCACCUGGCAGCGCUGAUGCCACCUGCGACGCCGCGCCGUCGCGCCUCGCCCGCCGGACUCAAGGAGGCCUACGUCUCCAAGAUGGUGCGCGUUAACUCAGACGGCGACCGCUGGUCGCUUAUCUCGCUUGGCAACUCGCGCGGCCACAAGUCUGUAGAGCUCAAGUUCGUGGACACGAUGCGCCGCCAGUUCGAGUUCUCCGUGGACUCGUUCCAAAUCGCGCUCGACUCGCUGCUAGCUUUCCACGAGUGCGCGCAGCUGCCCAUCGGCGAGAACUUCUACCCGACGGUGGUCGGCGAAUCCGUGUACGGGGACUUCGAUGAAGCGCUGCUGCACCUUACCGAGAAGCUGAUCGCGACGCGGCGGCCCGAAGAGAUCCGCGGCGGUGGUCUGCUCAAAUAUUGCGCACUGCUCGCCAAGGGCUACCGCGCCGCUUGCCCUGACAAGAUCAAGACGCUGGAGCGCUACAUGUGCUCGCGGUUCUUCAUCGACUUCCCAGAGCUGGGCCAGCAGCGCGCCAAGCUCGAGGCCUACCUGCGCAACCACUUCGUGGGCCACGAGGAGGAGGCGCUCAAGCACAGGUACCUGACACUGCUGCACGGCGUGGUGCGCGAGUCUACGGUGUGUCUGAUGGGCCACGAGCGGCGGCAGACGCUGGCACUCAUCGAGACGCUAGCAUGCCGCGAGCUAUGCGCGCGCGCCCCUAUCAUGAUGCCCGCGCCCAUGGGCGCUGUGGGCGGCAUGGGCGCAAUGGGCGGCAUGGGCAUGGUGCCCGGCUACGUGGUGUGCGUGUGUGCAUGCGCGGCGUGCGCCUGCAUGUGUGCGUGCGAGUGCUGCCGUGUGCCGCUGUGCCCGGCGUGACCCGCGCGCGCCCCCCCAGUGCCAAAUGUAUAUAGUACGUACGGCGCGCGCCUCGCCCCAGGCCCGGACGAGGCCUGACCCGCCCGGACCGCCCCGGAUAUCUGCGCUUCGUAUACUUUGACGGACGUCAAUUUGCUCACACUGAACCCUGAUCAAUUUUCGUCAAUUUCGGACGAUCCUUUUCUCAAUUUGCCAAUUUCGUUUGUAAGCGUUACCGGAUCGAUUGUGGCGUGAGAUAAUUUCUAGUCGUACUCCUUGCGUGUUGAUCCGUUAAUAUGUUAGCAGUACGAAAAUUAUGGUCACGUGAGGGCGAGACGGGGGUCCGGUCCGGGCCGGGCCGGGUCCGGACCGCGCCCGGCCGACGACGGUCUGCUGCAAACAUUAGUUAAUUAUUUUGUAAGCUUUGUAUGUAUCAAGUGUUGGUAUUGUAGCGACGCGUGUCUCCGGACAGCGACGGGAGUACAGGGGGAUCAGAGCGGACUCACGUUACGACGCAAACUCUGGAACGGUGCGAGAUUAGUUUGCAAGUCUGAUAGUGUGACCGGCCGCCGCAGCGCGCCGCCGAUAUAUUCACAAUCAUUGGGUAAAACUUCAGUUCCUUGGCGAAGAACUAAAAAAAAAAAAACUAUUUUAUUAAAUGCAUAUUUAUUCGUCUAAAAUAUAAUAUAGAUUCCAUUUCGUGAGCGCUCUAGUAUUGUAUACGGCUUGGCGUGCGAAGCGACAAAUUAAGGUUACUAUUAACAUA